CCCGUCGCCAUCACCAUCGACGUCGCCGUCAUUGUGCGCGUCUCUUGGUGCGCGUCAUUGUACCAUCGACCACAGUCCCGAAGGCGACAGUCGCCAUUUUUUUCCCUCAAUCCUGUCGCCUGGCGCCCGUUAUUAAAAGUGCCGCCCAUCACUCGUCGAUCGUCCACGGGAGCCAAUUUCGCUAGAGUCUUCAAAUGAAUCAAUCGCGGAACUUCACAUCCCUGUUGAACCCCAGCUACCUGCAAAAUGCCCAGAGCUCGGUGCCGUCGAGCGCGGCAGCAGCGGCAGCAGCAGCUGCGGCAGCAGUUACCGCGGCAAUCGCCAACGGCACUGCCUUAAGCGGUUCACUUUCCAGCAAAAAGCGCGAGGCUGAGGAUAGGGAGAAGGAAUCGCGAGAAGAACGUCGAAAGCGUCGGAAAUCUAGAUGGGGAGGAAGCGAACACGAAAAGCCAACAGUUCUGCCGACCAACCUUACACCUGAGCAGGAGAAGGCUUACCUGUGUAAGUUCAACUACAGAUUGAGGAGACGCACAGAAGAUCUUGGAAUACCACUUAAUCCUGAGGAAAGAUCUCCAUCGCCCGAACCAAUUUACAGUAGCGAUGGAAAACGGUUGAAUACGAGAGAAUAUCGUACUAGACGAAAUCUUAUACAGAAGAUCUUAAAAAUCAAUCCCGAAUUUAAGCCACCACCAGAUUACAAGCCUCCGAUCAUUAGAGUUCACGAUAAAGUGAUGAUUCCUCAGGAGGAACAUCCUGACAUUAAUUUUGUAGGACUACUCAUUGGACCACGUGGAAAUACUUUAAAAUCCAUGGAAAAAGAAACGGGUGCGAAGAUUAUAAUACGAGGUAAAGGCAGCGUUAAAGAAGGUAAAGUAGGUCGAAAGGAUGGACAGCCACUACCUGGCGAGGACGAACCUCUACACGCUUACAUAACUGCUAAUAAUCUCGAAGCAGUGAAAAAAGCCGUUGGCAGAAUUCAUGAAAUUAUUCGUCAAGGUGUGGAAGUGCCAGAAGGACAAAACGAUCUUCGUCGAAAUCAGCUGCGAGAACUCGCACUUUUAAACGGAACCCUGCGUGAAAACGAUGGACCCCGUUGCACAAAUUGCGGGGCCAGUGAUCAUAAGUCAUGGCUGUGCCCUGAUAAACCCAAUGUCACCAACAAUAUCGUGUGCUCUAGUUGUGGUGGCGCGGGACACAUUGCUCGCGAUUGCCGUUCAAAGCGACCGGGAAUGGGAGGUCCCGCAGCCGCUGGGAUGAAUCCAGCUGGCGAUAAGGCUAAAAUCGAUGAAGAAUAUAUGUCACUCAUGGCUGAGUUGGGUGAGGGUCCGCCUCCUGACCGCUCGAAGAACAAUAGCACCCAGAAUCGAUCCAACUCCAGCUCGAACCCCAAUUAUCCUGGACUUUUCGAUAGGCAACAAGCACCACGAGCAUUGAUGGCAACACCCGCCCACCCACCGCCGAACAUGAUGCCACCGGGUCCACCACCACCAAUGAUGCCUCCUCCUCCAGGAAUGGCACCGCCUCCAUGGUCUCAACCAGACAUGAACAAUAUGAAUGGCAUGAACAAUAUGAACAGCAUGAAUAAUAUGAAUAACAUGAACAUGAAUAAUAUGAACAUGCAGUGGGGUCAACCGCCCGUGAGUAUGCCACCUCCACCGGGUGUGAUGCAACCACCUCCACCACCCCCCGGAGCUUCGUCUCAACCGCCCGCGAUACCACCUCUAAUGCCAUGGAUGGCACCCGGAGGCGGUCAACCACCACCACCAGGUCAGAUGCCGCCACCUCCACCCUCGCAAAUGCCACAGUCGCAGAUGCAGCCACCACCACCGGCAAUGGGCAUCCCACCUUGGCAACAACAGCCCCAGCAAAAUCAGCAGGCACCGCAGUCAAUGCGGCCGCUACCCCCGGGUACUGCACCACCACCGGGAUAUCCCCAGGGGCCGCCGGGCUGGGGUCCACCUCAGCAACCUCAACAGAUGGGUUGGCCACCGGCGGCGCCCGUACCCCCACCACCCCAGCAGUCCGCACCUGCGCCCCCGGGCAUCGACCUCACGACCUUGCCAACCCUGCUUGCGCAGCCACCACCUCCCCCGCCUCCCACCAGCUAAUCGUCCUCUACGUGGACAACGGAUCAAUAUUGUUGAAGACGACGGGUGCGUUUAUCUCCGUUUCAAGGAGACAACUUAGCAUCUAUCUUGCAUUGUUUCUCGAAGACUAAGAAAGGAUUUUGUCCUUUGGCUUUUAGCGCAAUCACUGUACGCAGUGAUUUUCUUGUUCUUUGUAUACUUGAGUCCUUGAGUCUCCGAGUGGCCUUGAACGUUUUGGCUUAAGAAUCAUUCAAUUCAAACGGGAGAAGCUGCGUGAUGCAUUAAUUAACGUCCGUAUGCCCUACUUUCAUUGUGAUUGAGGAAUUACUUGUUGCAUGACACUUUUUUUUUUU